UAUACAUUGUUGUUGUCCUUGUCCACAAAUUUGAUAGUAUCCAAUGGCAGAGCCAAGGAUGGAGACAGUCCUGACCAUGAUCCUUGUAGCAAGCCUGUGGGCAGGAGCCAUGGCUCAAUCAAGCUGCACCAAUGUGAUCAUCAGCAUGUCACCAUGCCUGAACUAUAUCACAGGAAACUCCUCAACCCCAUCUUCAGGGUGCUGCACACAGCUUGCUAGUGUGGUCAGGUCGCAGCCACAGUGCCUGUGCGAGGUCCUUAAUGGCGGUGGCUCGUCGCUGGGGAUCCAAAUUAAUCAGACUCAGGCUUUGGCACUCCCCACUGCCUGCAGUGUCCAGACUCCCCCUAUUAGCCGCUGCAAUGCUUCUUCCCCAGCUGACUCUCCCGCAGGGACACCAGAUUCAGGAAGUAGAUCAAAGACAGUGCCAGCAACAAAUGGGGACUCGUCCGAUGGAACUUCUAUCAAGUCACCAUUUUCCCUGACGUCCUUUCUUGUCUUCUUUGCAUCAUGUGCUGCAACCUUCACCAGCAUCUGAGCUCAGGCCUCUUUCUUCUUCUGCAGUCUGUUGACUCUUCUUUGGAUCAUAUGAGCCUUGUAGUCUAUUUCCUUUAGAGGGUUUAUUUAUUUGUAUGAGUCAUACAAGUACUGAUUAUUUAUUCUUACUUAAGCUCUCCUCAAUUUUUCAAUAGGGAAUAUUCUUGGAUUCAGUAUAAUGCUUGAAAGUUGUUUCUUGACCUA